AUGAUCUUGAUCCAACCCCGUGUUCUUCUACUGCUGCUUCUCCUCGCCGGAGCAGCAGGAACCACUGUUUCUGCCGCCGACGAUGGUUUCUCCUUCCUGUUCGACGAUUCACAGCUUGAUGGUGUACGAGAGAUCCAGUCAGAUGGCCGAGUGGUUCACACCAACGACACCGAGAUGUUCGGUGUCGGUCACACCUUCUACUCUCGCCCUUUCCGGUUCAAAAACUCGACUACCGGCGACGCUUUCUCGUUCUCCACAUCUUUCGUUUUUGGAAUUAUACCGGAAAAUUCUCUUUUCACGUUCCACGGCAUGACUUUUGCGAUUGCUCCGUCGAAAGAAGUGAUUGAGGCAUCCUCUUCGCAGCAUCUCGGACUCUUUAACCGGACCAACGACGGAAACGCCUCAAAUCACGUCGUCGCCAUCGAACUCGACACUUUUAGAAACCUCGAACUUGGCGACAUGGACGGCAACCAUGUGGGUCUUGAUAUAAACAGUAUAGUAUCGGUUUUAGCUGCAACAGCAGGGUAUUACGAAAAUGGAGUUUUUCAAAACCUAACUCUUGCUAGUUCGCGAGAAAUACGAGCUUGGAUCGAUUACGAUGGUGUCAAGAAAACCAUAGAUGUCACACUAGCUCCUCUUCCCCUAAAAAAACCUGAAAAACCUCUCGUAUCUUGGAAGAAAGAUUUAUCUCCUUUUUUACUCGAAGAAAUGUACGUCGGAUUCACUUCAGCGACUGGGGUUCUUCUUCAGAGGUUUUACGUCGUCGGUUGGAGUUUUCAGAUGAAUGGCGAAGCUCAAGAAAUCGAUAUAUCGAAGGUCCCACGCUUACCUCUCAAGAAAAAAUCAACUAAAAAGAAGACAAUGGGUUUAGCAAUUGGGUUAUCUUUAGGUGGAUUACUGGUUCUUUCAUUAAUUUCACUUGUGGCGUUCGUUUUGUUCCGAAGAAGAAAACGUAAAUUCGCAGAAGUUCUUGAAAGUUGGGAGGUUCAAUACGGACCUCACAGGUUUUCCUACAAAGAUCUUUACACCGCCACAAAAGGGUUUAAAGAAAGUGAGCUCCUCGGAAAAGGUGGUUUUGGUCAGGUCUACAAAGGGACAUUGCCGGACAUAGGAGCUCAGGUCGCCGUGAAGAAGAUCUGGCAUGAAUCCGGCCAAGGAAUGAAGGAAUUUGUGGCUGAGAUAGCCACCAUAGGGCGGUUGCGACACCCAAAUUUGGUAAGACUUCUUGGGUAUUGUCGACGAAAAGGCGAAUUGUUUCUUGUAUAUGAUUAUAUGCCGAAUACUAGUUUAGAUAACUUCAUUUUCAAUUCGAAUCCCGAAUCCACUUUAACAUGGAAACAAAGGGUUAAAAUCAUUAUCGAUGUAGCCGAAGCUUUAGCUUAUUUGCAUGAAGAAUGGUGUGAAGUUAUAAUCCAUCGGGAUAUCAAAGCAAGCAAUGUGUUACUAGACGCCGAAUUGAACGGAAAAUUAGGCGAUUUUGGGCUCGCGAGAUUCGGCAACAACAAUGGAACCGAUGCAAAAACGACUCAUUUAGCCGGGACUUUAGGGUACAUAGCACCUGAAUUGGCCCGAAAAGGAAAAGCCACCACCGCAACCGACAUUUUUGCUUUCGGAGCGUUUUGUUUGGAGGUUGUUUGUGGGCGGCGGCCGGUGGAGUUGCAGGGGCGGCAAGAGGCGGUGAUUCUGGUCGAUUACGUGUUGGAUUGUUGGUUUAAGGAGACACUCUCGCAAGCGGUUGACCCGAAACUGAAGGACGAUUUGGAUGUUGAGGAAAUGGAUUUGGUUUUGAAGGUGGGGUUGCUUUGUUCGCACUCCGUUCCGGCGGUGAGGCCGAGCAUGUCGCAAGUUUUGAAAUUUCUUACCGGAAAAGAGCCAUUGCCGGAGGAUUUCGAUACUGUGUUGGAGAUAAGAGAUGACUACUCAGGUCGACUUGGUGAAGCCUCUACGAGUGCUUACUUUUCUCAAAUACAGUACUCAACGGCGUCGGCGCCGAUCACUGAGUCGUUCAUGUCCUCCGGCCGGUGA